AUGAUGGAGGUCAUAUUGGAAAAGGACAUUCACACUUGGUGCAAAGAUCAGGGGGUGAACCCCCGCCAAAGUGUGUGUAUAGUGGGCAACUUUGAGAGCAUCCCAGAUGACAAAGUAAUUAAAGAAGUACAGAAAUUAUGCGGGAUAAGAAUUCCCUGCAUAGUUGAUAAGUGGAAAGGCGCCACUGGGGAUAUAUGUGCUAUAUUGAUAACCAACCAGGAAUACCUGGACCCCUCACUGAUUCCUGCAGAAAUAUUAGUGGAAGGAGUACCCGGCAGAAGGUGGCAAAUAAUGUGGCCUAGUGAAGUCGGAAAGACUGAGGGAGAAGCCCAAGUAGCCAUCGAUGAUAAUGGAACUGAGAGAGUUGGGGGAGACUACCAGAAUGCGGGGGAUGGUUCCCUGCCUAGGGCCGCUACCAGUAACCUUCCACGUGAAUCUAUAGAGCCGCAAGUAGAUGCUGUAAUGGACAGAAUGGUCAGUCACUCUGAACGCUGGCACUAUGAGGGAGGAUAUAGAAGGCUCAGAGUUUUCUCUGGCAUAAUACCAGUACCCACUGGAGAAGAAGGAUAUGACACUUGGCGAGAGGCCGCUGUACAGCACUCAGAAGAGUGGAGGUGCCCAGAACACAUAAAGAAGCAACGGAUUGUGGAAAGUCUGAGAGGCCCCGCCAUGGGGAUCAUCCAUGCUACACGGAGAAGUAAUCCCAGUGCCACCUUGAAAGACUAUUUCAAUGCCCUAGAUUAUUCUUUCGGGACCAUAGAAGACGUAGGAGACAUCUUGGCUAGACUAAAUCAGACUUAUCAAGAACCCGCUGAGUCUCUCACCAAUUAUAUUUACCGUCUGGAUAAAAUAUUGUAUAAAUUGAUGGACAAAGGAGGGAUUGAUGCCUCAGAGAUCGAUGAGAAACGUAUCAAACAUCUGCUGCGGGAGGCUAUGACUUACAACCCGGUUGCUCAACGACUGCGAUGCAGUCUGUCGGGACUCGACCCCAACCUUGGGUAG